AGUACUGUUCCCUCACGGCACCUACCUCUUUCAGCCAUGGUUCGCGUGUCUGUCCUUAACGACUGCCUUAACAACAUCGUCAAUGCUGAGCGCCGGGGCAAGCGUCAGGUUCUCAUCAGGCCAUCGUCGAAGGUCAUUGUCAAGUUUCUGACGGUGAUGCAGCGUCAUCAAUACAUUGGCGAGUUCGAGAUCAUUGAUGACCACCGCUCCGGCAAGAUCGUCAUCCAGCUGAUCGGCCGUCUCAACAAAACGGGUGUCAUCUCUCCCCGAUACAAUGUCCAGAUCUCGCAGAUUGAGACGUGGAUCAAUCUCCUCCUCCCCGCGCGUGGAUUUGGUAUCAUCAUCCUUACCACGUCUUCUGGCAUCAUUGACCACGAGGAGGCGCGUCGCAAAAAUGUCGGUGGUAAGCUCUUGGGCUAUGUCUACUAGACGUGUGAGCUUGGCAGGAUGAGCAUGUUGUAUUUACGGUACAUUACCUUCUCUCGUGUUGCUUUCGAUACAACCUAUCGCACUACCUUGGCGCG